AUGCAAUACGUCCAGCUCUUCCAAGAAGCUCGGCGUUAUCAACUCUACCCAAGAGCCAGCUUCGCAUGUGGUUGGUUCCGUGUCGGAUCUCGCGACACAGCGGGUGACGCGAGCAUGUCAGGAUGCAAUACGUCCAGCUCUUCCAAGAAGCUCGGCGUUAUCAACUCUACCCAAGAGCCAGCUUCGCAUGUGGUUGGUUCCGUGUCGGAUCUCGCGACACAGCGGGUGACGCGAGCAUGUCAGGAUGCAAUACGUCCAGCUCUUCCAAGAAGCUCGGCGUUAUCAACUCUACCCAAGAGCCAGCUUCGCAUGUGGUUGGUUCCGUGUCGGAUCUCGUGA